AUGAAGGUUACUGCUAUUCUCUUCACUCUUAUGGCUGCCACCGCCGUCAGUGCCUCAGUCCUGGACCAGCGAGACGCCUGCGGAAGCGGCUAUGAUCCCGCCCAAAGACGUACAAACAGCCCUUGCAAAUCAUCCAACGGAGACAGACACUUCUGCGGUUGCGACAGGACCGGCAUUGUCGAGUGCAAAGGUGGAAAGUGGACAGAGAUUCAAGACUGUGGCAGGAACUCGUGCCACGGUGGCACCGAGGGCGGAGCCAAAUGCUAG